AUGAAGGUCACCCUCUUUCUUUCCUCCCUUUUUGGUAUUGUUUGUGGGAAUUCCCUUCUUGCAUUGAUCAACCAAAUUGGUGAAUAUGAGAUCGCCAACAUCUCCAUGCUCACACCGAAGAUUCUUUCCAAAUACCCGUUGAUCAGAGUGGUGCACGACAAUUCAGUCAUUGCAUCUCAAUAUUUGUUGGAUUUAGUGGGAAAUUCCAACUCUCAGAGCUUAGUUGAUUUCGAGAGCCAGAACCUACUGGACGAUUUACGCAAGCACAAGUAUAUUCAAACCAAUCUUCCCACAUCCAACUCGCGAAUUGUGGAAUCGGAGUGGGAACCUAUGGAAGGAUGUGUUGACAAUUCAUUAUCUGACACUGUCACAACCAUAACUAGAACAAGUACCGUCAAUCUUGGUGAUGCAUUCGGUCCUAGAGUAUUCUUCAAGUUGUUGGGAUCCAGUGCAACACUCACACUAUCUGGAUCGUUUCUCCAUCUGACAGCAGAAAAGCUAUACUGUGACAUUGAACCAGGCCAAACACUUCAGAUCCAUCAUAAAACUACAAGUGUGCGGAUGGAUAGCUUGAAGCAAAGGAAAGUCGAAUUGACAGGUUUCUGGAAGAACAUCAAGUUUUCGGAAUGGGAGGAAAUAGAUCCAGAGAAUUCUGUCUUCCAGGUUGCGGAACAGAUUGCCUGUGUGACAGAUCCCGACCUCUUGAGAUGUUCUCUUGAGUAA